AUGUGGCCCAAAGUGAAAGUAGAGCUCCACCUGUUCUUCACAGUUGGCGUGGUGGACUCGCGCGUGUGCAACGCGGCCGACGGGCGCGCGCAGGCGACGUCGCGGCGCCAGCUGGAGGUGUUCCGGCAGCAGGGCCCCGGCGGCAGCUUUCAGGUGGUGCGCACCUCCUCCACCUCCGUCUCCUCCAGCUCCUCCUCGUCCACCGCAGCGGCCGCCGCCAGCGCGCGCCUCCAGCUCGGAUUCGACAACUUGCAGGUGUCGCGCAUCUGCCGCCAACUGCACGUGGAGGCGCAGCGCGCCGCCUUCGGCCCGUCGGCGUCGCGCCUGCUGGGCUCCGCCGCCGCGGCGGCCUCCGACGUCGACGACGCCUACGACGACGACGACUCGGACGCCGGCGUCGUCAUCCAGGAGGUGUCCGACUCCGACUCAGGCCACGCGGCGCCCCAGCAGCAGCAGCAGGAGGAGGAGGAGGAGGAGGUGGAGCGGCCGCCGGCCUCCGCCCCCUCGCAGCACCCGCCCGCCGCCCGCCGGCGCAGCUCCUCCACCGAGGACCUGCAGCAGCAGGAGGAGGGCAGCCCGCGGGUCGACGAGCACCCGGCCUGGACGCGCGCCUCGCAGGUUCGUCGGUCCCUGCAGUUCCCAGCAAGGACUUCACAAGAGCGCGAAUCAUCCCCGACCCAGAGGCCUCUACCAGGCCGCCUGUUUCCAGAAGACAGCAAACUCUUUGAAGGCGGAAAACUCAAAGGGCUAGAGGCUCUGGAGAGCGUGUUCAGAAGAGGGGCGAACAUCGCGGAAUCUGUCAACAAGUCGAUGACACACGACCACGAACACUCGGAUGCAUCCAAUGCGGACAGCUUGGCCAACCAUCUGAGGAACGAGAGCAUCAGCCGAAGUUCUCAGAGUUUCAACAUGGAUGGAUUCAUGCGGCGAAACACUACAAAUACCACAAAUAACUCUAACGCUUCAAAGCGACAUUCUUUCGUGACAGUAGAAUCCUUAAAGGAAGUCCGAGGGCGGCUUAGGCCUUUGAACUCUCCCUCUGACGAAGAACCUAAGCAGCAGAAGAGCAUUCUCAAGCCUUCUAAAGACGAAGACGAUCAAGACGACGGAAUAGUUACUGAUGAUCACGUGAAACAUCCAGAUUCCGACGUGAUAGCAGACGUUCCUCCAUCUAAAGUAAAAUCAUAUAUUCUUGGAAUGGAAGUGUUGGCAAAUAAUAAUAGAAACGGCACUCGGAAGCCUGUUUUGGGAACUGGAAGUCUAGAAUCUCGAACAUCUAAUCGAUCUAGUUCUAGUUCGAACAACCGUUCUGAGGAAUGGUAUAAUCGUCGUAAAUCUUACGGUUUUGAACAAGUCCAUGCCCCAGAUGCAACUGAAAAUUCUCGACCUACUCGAUUAUGGGAAAAGAACCGCGUCGAGUCAUCGACUGAUAGCGGAAUUUGCAGAUCAUCUGAGGCAGUAGCUGGACCACCUUGGAACCGGACGUCACCGAGUAAAAUAGAAGAAGGGAAGGCCUUCGAUAGCAGAAAACCAGAUGUUAUGAAAAUAAGCCAUAGUAUUCAGAUCAAAAAGCAAGAAGAAAUAGAUAAGAUAUCUGAAAAUGGAGAAAUGAAAGAUGAAGACAGUCCGUAUCAACGGGGCAGAAGAACGAUUGUCACAUUGGGCAAUGAAUACAAUAAGAGCAACUCUACCUACAAGUCCGGUGGAGAGGACGGCAUAAUCGUUCACAACAGCAUCAUAAAAGAUACUUCUUCUGUCUCGUUAAAUGGGUACAGAACCAGUUCAGAAGACGAGCACAGAUUUAAACCUUUGGCUGGACCAGGAAGUUCCAGAGACGUACGUCGCCAGUCCGAACCAGUUACAAUCACGAUCCCAAUUGUAUCAGAAGACGGAGAGCGAGAAACCAGCAACGUGGAGAGCAAGCGACUUUUCUUCAGACAGCUGUCGGAAGGAACGAGUCUAAGUAUUGAAAGCGCCGACCGUAAAUCUGCCUUCACAAAUGGAACUGCUCUCAAAGACAGCUUCAAGCGGGGAACUUGGAACGGAGGGGAUGAUUGGGCCAACGUAUCGAAGGCGAUGGACAACGAAAUGAAGCGCCACUCGAUUGCAGUGGACGAGUCCAAAUAUGUGAGAGAAGGCAUUAAAAGAUUCAGUAACUUACACGAUACAAAGACCAAGGAACUGGCAAAUGUGUCCACUUCCGAACUCGUUAAAAGGUUCGCGGCAAUGCACGCCGGCAAGAAAGAGGAACCUGUCUUUUCAAACAAGGAUAAAUUUAGCCAGAACCCCAUACCGUCCGGAAUUAACGUGUCGUUUGUCCAAAACGGAGAGAGUUUCAGCAACGACGACCAGAACAAGAAACAUAAGAAAGUAGAGUUCUGCAAGACCGAAGUGCACUUCGCCGCGGAGUCAGGGCGGGUCAACAUCGUGGAGACGGACGAGAAACCUCCGCCUAGCAACCCGAUUCGUCGGCGGCGUCGCAGCGUUGCCGGCUCCCUGCCGCAGACGCCCCCUGACGCGAGCAAGAGCAGCCUGCCCGAGAUUCGAUUCGGGGAUUCCCCGUACGAGAAGAAGCUGUUGGGAGGGAACGAGACGGAAAGUGCCGAGGCCGCUCCCAUGCCUGUGAUAGUUAAGCCUGAACCCACUCGCCCCACCGUGCUUUCGCUGACCAAGUUUCAGAACGACUGCGAGAAAGAGGAUCAGACUUUCACUCAAGCAAACGCGACCAUAGCCCAGUCAUUACAUCAAGAAUCUACGAUUUCGGCGUACAGUGAAACCGUGUCUGAGCAUAUAAGUGUGACUACUCAGCCAAAUGAGCCAAUGCCGCGCAGUAUAUUGAAAAACAACCGGAAGCCGAAACCUUUCAUUUUGGGUGAGAGCAGCGACUCCCCGAUUGAAACGAACGACGGGCAGGAGGAGAAAUGGGGGGUACGGCUUCGCCCCGUGCAGUCGAGCGCUGACCCCCAAGGGUCGUCCAUGUGGAGGUCGACUGUCACCCUUCGCAGCACUGCGUUCGACAGUGUCCAACCCCCUCCUGAACGCAAGGACGAACCCCUCCCGGCCUCCAUACACGGCAACGGAGAGUCUGAACUGCAGAAGAUGCUGAAAGCUCUUCGCCCCGCCGGUCAAAGGCGAUCCAACAGCGAAACAGACUCGUCAGCGAGUCCUCAAUGCUCCCCAAUCGCUGUCAAAAAGAACAUCGCAGAACCAGCUAAUAAUUCUGUGCAAGUUACAAUAUCCUCCCCACCAACUGAUUCUGUAUUCUCUGGAUGGUCUGUAGCAGAUCGCAUCAAACAUGUGGAAGAGUUGAAGCAAUCUUCGCCAGAGACGAAAGGGUAUUCUACGAGAAUUAAUUUUGGGUCCGGCGAACCGACAAUAAUAGAGUCCGGUUCUUCAGAUGAUCAACAGAAUGCAUCUUUAAAGCACUCCAUGGGGUCAUCCCUUUUUCAGAAGAGCGAUAAGUGUAAACCAAUGUGGCUAAGAAGAGAGGAAAAGAAACAGGAGUUACAAGAUGCUAAGAACUCCAAUAAGGGACUGGUGGUGAGGAUCGGAAAGGCGGAGCCGCUGGCCAACGGAGAGGUGCACUCGAGCUUGCUCGCCUCGCCCGACUCAAGCGGCUCAGAGCCCGAGGGUCGCGCCAAGACCACCACGACCACCAUCACGAUAGACCUCUCUCCGUCUCCGCACGAUGACCCCUCCAAACAGGUGUUCGGCGACGUGGGCAAGAUCAAGUCGGGCGCCUCGGAGAACUUACAGUCGCCGUCGCUCAUAAUGAAGACGAUUCACAAUCCGACCUUCUCGAGCCACCAUCAGCCCAGGGAGGCGUCCCCGAGGGCCUUCCGGUUCGACGAGCCGCCCAAGGCGAAGAAGGCGGAAGCGGCCGCGGAGGCGAAGAGGCCCGAGCGGGGCGUGGUCGCGACAGCGGCGGCGGCGGCGGGGCCGCCGGUGGCCAAGAGAUGCCAGCCAGCUGGCGGCGCUGAAGGAGCUGUACUACAGCUGGCGACUUCAGCGACGACAGCGAGCGCGGCGGACGAGGGAGUGCGGUCGUACAUGAGCGCGGGCGGGGGCAGCGCGCGCGCCUCUCCCCGCGGGGCGGCGGCAGCAGCCCCGGCGCGCGCCUCGCCGACGACCGUCAGCGUCGUGUCGGGCAGCUGGAGCCGCGUGCGCGCCUUCCGACACGUGCAGCAAAGCACCAGCGCGCCGCGCCGCCGCGGCCGCCGCUGCCCGGGGCAGCGCGCUCGGGCCCGGGGGCGGUCGGGCCCCCGGUGCGCCCCGCGCGCUCGCGACCCAGCCUCCUCGCCAGGGCUGCCCCCACCUCCGCCCCCGCAGCCACCACAGCCUCCGCCUCCACGCGGGGCCACGCCCGCAAAGGUACCCCUCGACGAGCUAGGCGCGUCGACUGCAAUUCAAACAUCGUUGUGGAUGUGCUUCGCAUCCAGUCCAGAGCAGGGCUCCGACGACGCCUCCAUCCACCAAGUGUCCGUGGCGAGCGCCAUGCUGCCGUCGUACGACCCCAACCGCAUCCGGCGCGUGGAGACGCUGGUGAGCACGCGCUCGGGGCAGCCCAAGAUCACCUCCAUCGCCCUCCGCUACGAGGGAGACCGCGCGGACGACCGCCCGCACAAGCAGUCCGCCUUCUCCACCUCCACGUACACCCAGCAGCAGCAGCACAGCGCUUGGAAGAACCUUGACGCCGCCAACUCGUACCCACCUCGGAACGAGGAACCGUCUGUCGGGUUCACUUACUACAAGCCCUCGGACGCCGGUAGGUCCCAGGCGUUGGACGAACGACGCGAUAGGACGUUCAAGAUAGACAAACACAACGAGAGACUGCACAUCGAGGAGAAAACCACGAGGGAAAAGGUGUCUCCGAAUCGGGAGCAGCUAUUCACCUCUGAGAGAAGAGCCAGUUCACCUAAUGACUCCCAUCUGCGAGCUACUUCCCCAGCCCAAAACAGACGCCCCACCAGCUACCCGUCCGCACAGAAACCAUCUUCUCCUUGUCCGAGAUACGACUCGGACCGCGAACGCUCCUUAUCCCCGGCGUCCAAGCGCCAACCCAAGGCCGCAACAUAUUUCGGCGAGGUGAACUCGCGGUCCAGCGCCUACUCCAGCGCCCACGCCCACCGCCAAGAGUCGCCCCGGAAGGCGGAGGGCAGUCGCGGGAGCUACGAGCGGAAGGGCGAGGAGCGCAGUCGGCAAAGACCCUCGAGCGACAGCGCCCCUAGCGGCCACCAGCGGCAGGCGGUGGAGUCUCUUACCAACGGGCUACAGCGCUCGCGAGUGGAGACUUCAACGCGCGAGGAGCGCCGCAGGAGCAGCUACGAGAGCAGCGCGCGGUCGCGGUCCACUAGCCGCGGCCGCUCGCUCAGCCCGUCGAAGGCGCGUGACGGCCGCAAGCAGCCGACGGCGCCGCCCCCGCAGCCGGCCCCCGCCCUCGCGGACGGCUACGACUCGCCCAUCUACGAGAACAUCGACGAGGUCCUGGAGGAGUCGGCGGGCGCCAGGCGCGUCGAGACGGACUCCGCCAUCUUGGAGGAGCUGACCCGCGCCGCCGACCAGAUUCUGCAGGCCGUCAACGGCUACACCGACGAGGACUCGCGCGCCAGCAGCGACGAUGACGACGGCGGACGGAGGUGUGUGUUCGUUGAUCUUGUGCCACCUUAA